AUGAGAAACCAACUCGCCCUCGUCGCCCUCGCCAGCCAGGCGGCCGCCUUUGCUGUCCCUUCCGUCGCCACCAGGAGUGAGGCGAUUGUGGGCGGCGUGUCUGUCAAGAUCGAGGACUUCCCCUACCAGGUGGACCUGCGCGUCAACGACAGGGCCAACUGCGGCGGCACCGUCAUCAGCGAGAAAUACGUCCUGACGGCCGGCCACUGCGCCGAGGGCUACACGGGCCUGAACAUUCGCGUUGGCAGCGCCACCAACGGCAAGGGCACCAACUACAACGUCACCCGGGCCGUCGUCCACCCCAAGUACAACUCCGAGUCGUACGCCUACGACGCCGCCAUUCUGGAGAUCAGCCCGGCCAUCAAGUUCGGCACCACGGUCAAGGCCAUUGCCCUGGCCGACGUGGAGCCCGCCGUCGGCACCGACACGGUCGUCUCCGGCUGGGGCUCCCUCACCGAGACACCCAACUACCCCACGGCCCUCCAGGCCGUCCACGUCCCCAUCUACAACCGCGCCACCUGCAAGACGAACUACGCCAGCGUCACCCCAAUCACGGCCGACAUGAUCUGCGCUGGCUUCCCUGAAGGCAAGAAGGAUUCUUGCUCUGGCGACAGCGGCGGUCCUCUGGUGACUGGCGGCAAGGUUGUUGGCAUCGUCUCUUUCGGAACUGGCUGUGCUCGGGCCAAUAAACCCGGCGUUUACUCCAGCGUCGCCAGCGCUGAGAUUCGUUCCUUCAUCAAGAGCACGACUGGCCUGUAA